AGCCACUCAGGGCCUGGGACGGGCCUGCCCUGGGAGCCCGCAUUCCUGAGCUGGGGAGGGUGUGGGGCGCUUUCCCGUGCAGCCCACACUCCGAGGCAGCCCAGCAGCAGCCCCGGGGGGGGACUGGAGGAACUGGCUCCUUCCCCCAGGCCCCGCGGGCACCGCGGCCUCCUGCUGGCAAACACUGGGCUUGCAGAGUAGAGUCCCCCCAGGUCGGCGUGGAGUCGGAAAUACACAGAAUCCACAGCCUGACGUCAGAGGAAAGCGGGGGUCAGCUCCCAGCUGUGCUGUGUGGUACCCGGGAGCACCUGGUCCGCCGUCCCCAGGCCGUGAAGGCCAUGGAGGGGCUUGUGGCCCGGGGACGGAUGUCCAGGCACCUGGAUUUGGAGAGGAGGCACGCCAAGCAGGCUGAGGCCAGGCUGCGCCAGCACCUGCAGAGACUGGAGCGCACCUGCCUGUACCACCUGCGGCUGCUGAGCUGGGAGCAGAAGCAGCUCCGCCGGGAGCGGGAGAGGCUGCAGCAACCAGACAUCAGGAGCAAGUGCCCCGCCUCCUCCGGGAAUGGGUUCCAGCAGAGACCAGGGGACGCCACCGUGUGCCCAGCGCAGGGAGAGAGGUGCGGGGCCCCGCGGGCCUCGGGGCGCAGAGCACAAGCAACCACCAACCCCACUCGAGGAACACGCAAAAAUGGGUCCCAGGAGCCCCCUUCCCGUGACAUUACCCUCCAGGACCCCGAGGAAGGCAGAGAGCCGCUGCCGUCCCAAAGCAGCGCAGCCUCGGACGUCAGAGAAGAGAAGCCCGUGCACCAGGCCACCUCCCCCGAGCCCGCACGCCCGGACCUCGGGGCCACCCCCACAGGAGACCUCGGCGGGGUCGGGUCGGGGGACGCCCCCCCGUCCCCGAGGGCCACGGGGCGCGAGGGAAACUCCGACAGCGAGGCCCCGGCGCCCUCCCUCCCCCAGCUGUUGGCCAGGGCCGCCAACGCCCGGUACCUGCGUCACCGGGUGCCCCCCGAGUCUGAGAGGGUGCUCAGCCUCCCGGAGAUAUUCGGGCACGGGGGCCCUGCGACCCACGGCAGGGCGGCCUCUCGGUCACCGCCUCUGUGA